GCAGUACAACGCCCUGUAUUAUUUAACCACCACACCCAUACUAGUCCACACAUCCAGGAACAUUCUGUGCAUCAUCUCAACGCUGUAGUCAGGGCAAUCAAAAUGGCACUGGUUUCUGAGUUUCUAGGACAGCUUAGCCUAAAUGUUGGGUCCUCUGAAUCCACCUACCCCACAGUAGUACCUGCAACUAACUUCGACCCAGAAAAAGAUGCGGCCAGAAUAGAGACUGCUGUCAAAACCAAGGGAGUAGACGAACAGACCAUCAUCGAUGUCUUAACCAAAAGGACCUACUCCCAGAGGAGAGAAAUUGCAUUUGCAUAUGAGAGGAGAGCUAAGAAGGAUAUGAUCACAGCCCUGAAAGCUGCCCUGUCUGGCCCAUUGGAAACUGUUAUCCUGGGCCUGAUGAAGAGUACAGCCCAGUAUGAUGCCACAGAGAUCAGAGGCUCAAUGAAGGGUUUAGGAACAGACGAGGAGACCCUGAUUGAGAUUGUGUGCUCUCGCAGCAAGGAUGAGCUGAUGGAGAUUAAAACAGUCUACAAAGAGUUGUUCAAGAAGGAACUGGAGAAGGAUGUGGCUGGAGACACCUCUGGGGACUUUGCCAAGCUGCUGCUGGCCCUAGUGCAGGCCAAAAGGGCAGAUCCCUCCGCUGUGGUAGACUAUGAGAAGAUUGAUGAAGAUGCCAGAGCUCUCUAUGACGCUGGGGUCAAAAGGAAAGGAACCGAUGUGGCAUCCUGGAUCUCUAUCAUGUCUGAGAGAAAUGUUCCCCACCUACAGAAAGUGUUCGACCGAUACAAGAGCUACAGCCCCUAUGACAUGCAGGAGAGCAUCCGCAAGGAGGUGAAAGGAGAUCUGGAGAAGUCUUUCCUCACACUGGUUGACUGCUUUGAGAACAAACAGUUGUACUUUGCCACCAGACUUGGUGAAGCCAUGAAGAGCAAAGGAGUCAAGGAGAAGAUGGUGACAAGGAUCAUACUGUCUCGCUGCGAGGUGGACCUCAUGAAGAUCCGCUCCGAGUUUAAGAGUCACUUCGGCAAGUCCCUGUACCAGACCAUUGCUGAACACACCAAGGGGGACUACCAGAAGGCUCUUCUGAGUCUGUGCGGAGGAGAUGACUAAAAACGCCUUGGUUCAGUUACUUUGUUGACGUGUUGUUCAUAUCAUUUUCCAAAUUAUCAUCAUGACCCAGACUUGAUCUUGCAUGCAGUUCAGACAACUGUCCACUAGAGUGUGAUAAAGGAAUGCAAGUUGUUUUUUCCCAGGACUGGCCUGAAUCUGUCUGGAGCCUUCUCAGGCACUGCUUUGAUCUACAGCCAUUUUUUAUAAAGUGAAAUAUUUGACCAUGAAUACAUUAUAUACAUGAAUACAACCAUGACCAUUAUUUGGCUUAUUCCCCAAAAAAUCUUGGGAAACAGCAGUCCACCUUUUGAUGGUUUUACUUUUACAACAAAGAUACAACAUAUUUACAUAAUAAUAUUGUAGAUGAUACAUAAUAUACUUGAUGUGUAUUUAAUUAAAAGUUAACUUUAACUGUUUGGAGGCCAUUCAAUUAUUUGAUUUUAGGUUUAAGAAUAUGAAAAGACUGAACAGAACUGUAUCAUAUUUUUCUUAUUUUAAGUAAAAGACAUUAUCAGAAUGA